ACAAAUUCUCUCAUCUCAACGAUAAUUUACACGGUUGAGAUUUGAGUUGAGUACCCGUCACUGUAAACGUUUAGUUUAGUUCAUUUGCAGUGAAAGCUUUCAACGGAAAACGCGGCUAUGGCUGCUGACAGUGUUCCACUUCUCAACAACGGUGAUGACAAUGAUAGCAACCAAAGCGAAACGCUUGUUUACUGGGUUAAGGAGUUCGGAUACGAGUCGAAGAGAUUAUGGCAUCUUGCCGCGCCGGCAAUUUUCACAGCAAUUUGUCAGUAUUCACUGGGAGCCCUCACCCAGACUUUUUCCGGCCAACUUACUGAACUAGACCUUGCUGCAGUGUCUGUGGAGAACUCUGUUAUAGCUGGACUUGCUUUCGGUGUUAUGUUGGGAAUGGGGAGCGCAUUGGAGACUUUAUGUGGUCAAGCAUAUGGUGCUGGGAGGCUAAGGAUGCUGGGCGUUUACAUGCAGCGAUCUUGGGUUAUUCUAUUGAUUACAUCAUGUUUAAUCUCUCCCAUUUACAUUUGGUCUCCUCCAAUUCUUAAACUGUUUGGGGAAACCACUGAAAUCUCUGAUGCUGCAGGUAAGUUUGCUAUAUGGAUGAUGCCACAGUUAUUUGCUUAUGCCAUGAACUUUCCUAUACAAAAGUUCUUACAAGCUCAGAGCAAAGUUAUGGUGAUGGCUUGGGUCUCAGCACUGGUGUUGGUUCUUCAUGCCUUUUUCAGCUGGCUGCUGAUGCUUAAGCUCGAUUGGGGCUUGAUCGGUGCGGCUGUAACUUUGAACGUAUCGUGGUGGCUCAUAGUUAUUGGACAGUUGUUGUACAUUUUUAUUACCAAGUCGGAUGGUGCUUGGUCUGGUUUCUCAUGGCUAGCAUUUGUAGAUCUAUUUGGUUUUGUCAAGCUUUCUUUGGCUUCUGCUAUCAUGUUAUGCUUGGAGUUUUGGUAUUUAAUGGUGCUGAUAGUCAUGACAGGUCUCCUGCCAAACCCUCUGAUAGCAGUUGAUGCCAUUUCCAUUUGCAUGAACAUAAAUGGAUGGGAUGCAAUGAUAGCAAUUGGGUUCAAUGCUGCUAUAAGUGUGAGAGUAUCAAAUGAACUUGGAGCUGGAAACGCUCGGCUUGCUAAAUUUUCAGUGCUGGUUGUUUCGAUGACAUCUGUGAUCAUCGGGAUUGUUUGCAUGAUUGUGGUGUUUGCAACCAGAGGUUACUUCCCUUACCUCUUCACCAGCAGCAAUGCAGUUGCCGAAGAAACUACUAAGCUAGCUCUAUUAUUGGGAUUUACGGUCCUCUUGAACAGCCUCCAACCGGUCUUAUCAGGUGUUGCUGUUGGAGCUGGAUGGCAAUCACUUGUGGCGUACAUAAACAUCGGGUGUUACUAUAUAUUUGGAUUACCUGCUGGCAUACUCCUUGGGUUCACAUUUGGCUUUGGGGUUAUGGGUAUUUGGUCAGGAAUGAUUGCGGGUAUUGGUUUGCAAACUCUAAUCUUGGUAUUGGUGGUUGCACUUACCAACUGGAACAAGGAAACUGAAGAAGCUGAAAGCCGUAUAAAGAGAUGGGGAGGAUCAACUGGUGGAGAGCGUUGAUUUUACAUAAUUAACUUAUUAUUAUGUAUUAAUUAAAAUAAUAAAUAUUAUCAAUUAUUGAUUGAUCUAGCAGAAUGAGCUUUUAA